AGUGAGGGCUGCUGGGCCCGAUGACGUGGCCUGGCCCCGUCCGAUCCGGUGAGCCUCCGGGAAACCUGGCGGCGCCGGAACUGUCCGCGGCCUAGUCCCGACGCGCGUGUGCUUGUGAGCCGGAGCCGGGGACUGCGGCAGCGGCCCGGCCUACGGGGACCCGACGGGGCCGCUGGCAUGGGGGAGUGACGCGCCUGCGCCCGGUGUUCCGCGGCAGCGGCGAGACAUGAGGAGACUCCGCAGCGGGGGCAGCGGCGGCGGCUCCUGAUCCCCGGGAUGGAGGAGAAAUACGGCGGGGACGUGCUAGCCGGCCCCGGCAGCGGCAGCGGCGGCCUCGGGCCGGUGGACGUGCCCAGCGCUCGGUUAACAAAAUAUAUUGUAUUACUGUGUGUCACUAAAGUUUUGAAGGCUGUGGGGCUUUUUGAAUCAUAUGACCUCCUGAAAGUAGUUCACAUUGUUCAGUUUAUUUUUAUAUUAAAACUUGGGACUGCAUUUUUUAUGGUUUUGUUUCAAAAGCCUUUUUCUUCUGGGAAAAGUAUUACCAAACGCCAGUGGAUCAAAAUAUUUAAACAUGCAGUUGCUGGGUGUAUCAUUUCACUUUUGUGGUUUUUUGGCCUCACUCUUUGUGGACCACUAAGGACUUUGCUGCUAUUCGAGCACAGUGAUAUUGUUGUCAUCUCACUGCUCAGUGUUUUGUUCACUAGUUCUGGAGGAGGACCAGCAAAGACAAGAGGGGCUGCUUUUUUCAUUAUUGCUGUGAUCUGCCUAUUGCUUUUCGACAAUGAUGAUCUCAUGGCUAAAAUGGCUGAACACCCUGAAGGACAUCAUGACAGUGCUCUAACUCACAUGCUUUACACAGCCAUUGCCUUCUUAGGUGUGGCAGAUCACAAGGGUGGAGUAUUAUUGCUAGUACUGGCUUUGUGUUGUAAAGUUGGUUUUCAUACAGCUUCCAGAAAACUCUCUGUAGAUGUCGGUGGAACCAAACGUCUUCAAGCUUUAUCCCAUAUUGUUUCUGUGCUUCUCUUAUGCCCAUGGGUCAUUGUUCUUUCUGUGACAACUGAGAGUAAAGUCGAGUCUUGGUUUUCUCUCAUUAUGCCUUUCACAACGGUGGUUUUUUUUGUCAUGAUCCUGGAUUUCUAUGUCGAUUCCGUUUGUUCAGUCAAAAUGGAAGUUUCCAAAUGUGCCCGAUAUGGAUCCUUUCCCAUUUUUAUUAGUGCUCUACUUUUUGGAAAUUUUUGGACGCAUCCAAUAACAGACCAGCUUCGGGCCAUAAACAAAGCAGCACACCAGGAGAGCACAGAACACGUCCUUUCUGGAGGGGUGGUAGUGAGCGCUAUAUUCUUCAUUUUGUCUGCCAACAUCUUAUCAUCUCCUUCUAAGAGAGGACAGAAAGGUACCCUAAUUGGAUAUUCUCCUGAAGGAACACCUCUUUAUAACUUCAUGGGUGAUGCUUUUCAGCAUAGCUCCCAGUCAAUCCCUAGGUUUAUUAAGGAAUCACUAAAACAAAUUCUUGAGGAGAAUGACUCUAGACAGAUCUUUUACUUCUUGUGCUUGAAUCUGCUUUUUACCUUUGUGGAAUUAUUCUAUGGCGUGUUGACCAAUAGUCUGGGUCUGAUCUCAGAUGGAUUUCACAUGCUCUUUGACUGCUCUGCUUUGGUCAUGGGACUUUUUGCAGCCCUGAUGAGUAGAUGGAAAGCAACUCGGAUUUUCUCCUAUGGGUAUGGCCGAAUAGAAAUUCUCUCUGGAUUUAUUAAUGGGCUUUUUCUAGUGGUAAUAGCUUUUUUCGUGUUUAUGGAAUCAGUGGCUAGAUUAAUUGAUCCUCCGGAAUUAGACACACACAUGUUAACACCAGUCUCAGUUGGAGGACUGAUAGUAAACCUUAUUGGUAUCUGUGCCUUUAGCCAUGCCCAUAACCAUACCCAUGGAGCUUCUCAAGGAAGCUGUCACUCCUCUGAUCACAGCCAUUCACACCAUGUGCAUGGACACAGUGACCAUGGGCACGGUCACAGCCACGGAUCUGCAGGCAGAGGCAUGAAUGCUAACAUGAGGGGUGUAUUUCUACAUGUUUUGGCAGACACACUUGGCAGUAUUGGUGUGAUCGUAUCCACCAUUCUUAUAGAGCAGUUUGGAUGGUUCAUUGCUGAUCCCCUCUGUUCUCUUUUUAUCGCUAUAUUAAUAUUUCUCAGUGUUGUCCCACUGAUUAAAGAUGCCUGUCAGGUUCUCCUUCUGAGACUGCCACCAGAAUAUGAAAAAGAACUACAUAUUGCCUUAGAAAAGCUACAGAAAAUUGAAGGAUUAAUAUCAUACCGAGACCCACAUUUUUGGCGUCAUUCUGCCAAUAUUGUGGCAGGAACAAUUCAUAUACAGGUGACAUCUGAUGUGCUGGAACAAAGAAUAGUACAGCAGGUUACAGGAAUACUUAAAGAUGCUGGAGUAAACAAUUUAACAAUUCAAGUGGAAAAAGAAGCAUACUUUCAACAUAUGUCUGGCCUAAGUACUGGAUUUCAUGAUGUUCUGGCUAUGACAAAACAAAUGGAGUCCAUGAAAUACUACAAAGAUGGUACUUACAUCAUGUGAGAUAACUUGGGAAUUACCCCUGGGGUAUGAACAAUGAAGAUGAAAUGACCGGGUAUUUAUAAUAUCGCCAGAAGGAAGAAAAUUGCACAUAAUUGUACAGAAACAUUUUGUGGUAUUUGAAAAAAAUUUUAAAGCUCCCUACAGUUGGAUCAAGGAAUCUUUCUUAAAGGAAAUUUAAAUACAGAAUGAAGCGUUAAUUGUACAAGUAAAAUAAUUGUUUAAAUUACGUGUAAAACAGGAAACUUAAAAUUUAAGUGAACAUGAUGUAUCAUAUCAUCUUCAAAAGUGAACAUAUAAUGAUGGAUUCUAGUGAAGACCAAAAUAACUUCCGUGUGUUUACUUUCUGUAAGAAAGCAUCUCCAUUGUAAAUAAUGUAUUUACAUGUUUAUUACAAAGACCCAAAUGAAAAAUUUUUAGUCAAUUUUUUGCAUAGCCCUAGGAUAAAAUAGGAAUAAAAGUUCUAUAUUUAUGGAUUUUCUGUAUAUAAAACUGGUUUCUAAUUAUAACUUAAAUCCAUUAAGUAAAACCUGUAUUGCCACUUUAAAUGUAAACUAAAUUAUUUGGGAGAAACUUCAACCACUGAUAUGAGGCAGCAGUGAGAAUAGUGAAGGAUAACAUGACAGUUUUUGAUGUAUUACAAAAGCCAACCACUCUGUAAAAUAAAUUUUUUUACUUUUGGUAA